CGUGGGGAAAUGUGCCGAGGGGCCCGGGCUCCGCGGGACCAGUCCCGGCGACGCAGCCACCCGCGCGCACGCGCUCGCUCGGCCACCCGCGCCCGAGCCUCAGUCCGCGCUCGGCGCCGGGGGUCUGCGGGCCCUUUGGGCUCCGGGCGGCGCGAGGGGCGAGCGGGAGCCGGCAGCGCGGGCCGCCGAGCGCCAGGCGCCGGCCAAGCUGCUGCGCGCCUGGGCGCCCGGCGGGGUUGGGGACGGUCGCUGGGUGCCGACGAGCCGAGCUAGCCGAUUGCAGCGGAAAAGCAAAGCCUCAGCCAUGUCCCACACAUGCGUCACCAAAGAUGACAAGGUCAACCAUGAUGACCUGACCCAAACAAACCCUUCCCCCCAUCUCCCUACUCCCCCCCCACCCCCGGUGGAAAAACAACUCAAAGAGUCUGCACACUGAUAAGAAUGGGUCAGUAGCUCUAAUGCUGAUGCAGAAAGAGAACACGCUUUUCGACUGCAGGGCAUGUCUGAGAGGGUAAACCGGAGACCCGGAAAGCUGGCGCGAGUGUAAGCCUCUGACUGGUGGACCCGUCUUCCUUUUUCCCUUGCAGAUGUCACAGUGGAUCCUUUGCCUCCAGGACACCUUAAGGUGAGAGUAAGAUCUCUGGCUGGCUGGAACCGGCCUAGAGGAGUGUAAGGCAGCCAUGGACAUGGAGUACGAGCUACUCAACGAGAGCCGCCCGUGGCUUUCCCCUCCCUUUGACCUCAAUGGCUCUGUGGUGGCGGCCAACGGCUCCAACCAGACAGAGCCAUACUAUGAUCUGACCAGCAACGCAGUCCUCACGUUCAUAUAUUUUGUAGUCUGCAUCAUCGGAUUGUGUGGCAAUACGCUUGUCAUUUACGUCAUCCUCCGCUAUGCCAAGAUGAAGACCAUCACCAACAUUUACAUCCUCAACCUGGCCAUCGCGGACGAGCUCUUCAUGCUGGGUCUGCCCUUCCUGGCCAUGCAGGUGGCUCUGGUCCAUUGGCCCUUUGGCAAGGCCAUCUGCCGGGUGGUCAUGACUGUGGAUGGCAUCAAUCAGUUCACCAGCAUUUUCUGCUUGACAGUCAUGAGCAUCGAUCGAUACCUGGCUGUGGUCCACCCCAUCAAGUCGGCCAAGUGGAGGAGACCCCGAACGGCCAAGAUGGUCAAUGUGGCUGUGUGGGGAGUGUCUCUGCUGGUCAUCUUGCCCAUCAUGAUCUAUGCUGGGCUUCGGAGCAACCAGUGGGGGAGAAGCAGCUGUACCAUCAACUGGCCAGGUGAAUCUGGGGCAUGGUACACAGGGUUCAUUAUCUACACCUUCAUCUUGGGGUUCCUGGUGCCCCUCACCAUCAUUUGUCUUUGCUACCUGUUCAUUAUCAUCAAGGUGAAGUCCUCUGGGAUCCGCGUGGGUUCCUCCAAGAGGAAAAAGUCUGAGAAGAAGGUCACCCGGAUGGUGUCCAUAGUGGUGGCCGUCUUCAUUUUCUGCUGGCUCCCCUUCUACAUAUUCAAUGUCUCCUCCGUGUCUGUGGCCAUCAAUCCCACCCCAGCGCUUAAAGGCAUGUUUGACUUUGUGGUGGUCCUCACCUAUGCUAACAGCUGUGCCAACCCUAUCCUGUAUGCCUUCUUGUCUGACAACUUCAAGAAGAGCUUCCAGAAUGUCCUCUGCUUGGUCAAGGUGAGCGGCACAGAUGACGGGGAACGGAGUGACAGUAAGCAGGACAAAUCCCGGCUGAAUGAGACCACAGAGACCCAGAGAACCCUCCUCAAUGGGGAUCUCCAGACCAGUAUCUGAACUGCCUGAAAAAUAAAAAAUAGAAUAAAACGCCAAGCUCUGCCAAGUGGCAAUAUGCUCCCUGCCCCCAUGCCUUCCCUUCCUCUUGCCCAUCACACCUGGCUUCUAGAAUAGGGAAUUGCUCAGCAUGAGUCCAAUCAGAGAACAGUGUUUGAGUCUGCUUGUCUGAGUGAAUGAUAAUGUAUUAAAUUGAUUACCUCCCCCUUAAAGCAGACAAUUCCAAGUCAGGAGAAGAAGAGAUCACGCCUGGGUAUGAUCUGUAGAAAUGGUGACACUCAACAAAGAUAGGAAAGUACGUCUGCAUGUUCAAAACCUAAUAUGUAAUCUUGUGGUCUUAACGUUUAUACUUAUCUAUUCUAUUCCUCUCUAGUCCCUGUACAGUCAUUCCUACGUUCCCUGUGUUCAAGUACAUGAGUAGCGAGUUGAAGUGUGCAUAGUAUAGGUGGACAUUUGUUACAAUAUGGAACCCACAGAAGUGGACUUACCAUGAAGCCAAUAAAGUUUAAGCUUCAGGGAUCUCA